AGAAUUAGUGGUGACUGAGAUCUGAUGAAGAAGAUGGGGCACACUUUGUUCUCUGAGUUAUUCUUGCUGUGUUCUCUCCUCUACACCGGACGAGCUCAAGAUGCUGUUCUGACUAUUGAACCCAGUUGGUCGACUUAUUUUGUUGGAGAGUUUGUUACCUUCAUAUGUGACAUGAGGGAAGGAAGAAACGAUGACUGGGAAUAUAAAAUCAUCAGGGAUGGUCGGGAUCUUGAUUCUUACGAUACACACCAAUCCUACAAAUUAUAUUCUCUGCAAACCUCUUACACUGGUGAAUAUCAGUGUCGUGGUCGACGUAGAUCCUCAGAUGUAACAAAGGACAGUAAUAUUGUCUCUUUAACUGUAUCAGCAAAUCAACCCAAACCCAGACUGGUUCAAGUCUCAAAAACCACACCAGUAGGAAGAAAUGUGACUCUGAGCUGCUCUGUGGAGAACUCUGCUGGAUGGAAAUACGUCUGGUUCAGACGAACCUCGAACACAAAUGAAGUUCAAGUCAGAACAAAUGAUGUAAAUGGAUUUAUCAGAGUUUCACAAGGAGGCAUCUACAGGUGCAUAGGAUCAAGAGGAGAACCAACCUUCUACACUGAUAUCAGUGAUGAAUUAAUCUGUGUGAUAACCUUUACAAACAAGGUUGUUGUGAUGCGACAACCCAACUGGCCUCAGAUAUUCAGAGGUGAGACGAUCACUCUGACAUGUGAGGUUCAGGGAGGUGAAACCACUGAGUGGGAGUAUGGAUGGAGAAGAUCUGGUUCACUUACACAAUGGAGAUAUGAGAAAACAUGGACUUUCACUGCUUCUGAGUCCAGCAGUGGAGACUACACAUGUAAGAGCAGACGCAGAGACGACCCGUAUUCUUCAACAGAGACGAGUGAAGCCUUCAGAUUGUUGCUAUCAGGUAAAUCAUGUUUGUGA